AUGGGUUCAAUAUCAGUUAUUCGUUGUGUUUACCUUAUGUUCUUAUUAGCAUGCACUUCUGAAGUUGGGUUAGGAAAGACAGUUUUUAAUGUGAUGGAAGAUGGUGCUAUUGCCGAUGGAAAAACUGAUAACAGUGAGGUUUUUGAAAAUGUAUUUAACAAAGCUUGCCAAUCUGAAGGAAAAAAUAUUGUAUUAAUCCCACAAGGAACAUCUAUGUUGCGGCCUAUAGUGUUGAAAGGCCCAUGCAAGGGCCAAGUGGAAUUUCAAAUCAUAGGAACCCUACAAGCUCCUACAGAUAAAGCAUCUACAAUUAAUGUUGACCAUUGGAUCACCUUCCAAUAUAUAGACCAGUUGAUACUCGGCGGUGGUGGAAAAUUGGAUGGCCAAGGUCCCUCUGCUUGGGGUGACAAUACUUGCAGUAAAGAUCCAAACUGCAAAUCUCUUCCCAUUUCGUUGAGAUUUGAUUUUGUCACCAAUUCAAAGAUUACUAGCCUAACUUCAAUCAACAGCAAGAAUGCCCACAUGAACCUUUUUGGAUCCAAAGGUAUAGAAUUUCAUUACAUACAUAUAAUAGCACCCGAAGAUAGCCCCAAUACCGAUGGAAUACACAUUGGUUCAUCUAGCAAUAUUGAAAUCACGGAUUCGACAAUAGCCACGGGAGAUGAUUGUGUAUCAAUGAGUCCUGGUUCUAAAAACAUAAACAUCAGGAACGUAACAUGUGGCCUUGGUCAUGGAAUUAGUGUUGGAAGCCUUGGUGGGGGACCUAAUGAAGAAGAUGUUAGUGGAUUAACAGUGACUAAUUGCACCUUCAUUGGCACUCAAAAUGGCUUGAGGGUCAAAACAUGGGCUAAACCUUAUCCAGGCAAUGUUUUCAACCUUACAUUUGAAGAUAUCAUCAUGGAGAAUGUCAACAACCCCAUCAUCAUUGAUCAACAAUAUUGCCCAUCUCGCAAAUGUGAAAAGGGUGACUCCCAAGUUCAGAUUCACGAUGUUAAGUACAGAAACAUUAGGGGCACCUCUAGUUCAAAACUUGCAGUUGCUUUUGAUUGUAGCAAAAGCAAACCUUGUGAGAAGAUUGAGCUCGACGAGAUUAACCUAAGUUACCAUGGUGUUGAAGGACCUGUGGUAUCCUCAUGUGUCAAUGCCAAAGGUAUUGCUAAUGGUUUACAACAACCCCAAUCUUGCAUAUAGCACUCCUAGUUGCAGCACCUUGCUUGAAAUCAAGACAAAUUGAAGAUGAAUAAUCUAGCACUCUUAACCUACAUUCUUUUGACAGUAUAUUGUUUUGUACUUGAUUUGAAUGCUUACCUACAAGAAAUGUUGUAGGCGGUG